AUGGGUGUGAACGAAAAUUUCAACAGGGAUGAUCAUCAGGAGUGUGUGGAUGAUGAUGAAAUUCCACUUCCUGGAUUUCGAUUCCACCCCACAGAUGAAGAGCUUGUUAGUUUCUAUCUUCGAAGGAAGCUUGACAAGAAACCCAUCAGCAUCGAGCUCAUCAAACAGAUUGAUAUUUACAAAUACGAUCCUUGGGAUCUUCCAAAAACCAGUGCCACUGGAGGAGAGAAGGAGGGGUACUUCUUCUGCAGAAGAGGGAGGAAGUAUAGGAAUAGCAUAAGGCCUAACAGAGUCACUGGCUCUGGGUUCUGGAAAGCAACUGGCAUAGACAAGCCAGUGUACUCACAUGGAGGAGAAGGCAAUGACUGCAUUGGACUCAAAAAAACUCUAGUGUACUACCGUGGCAGUGCAGGCAAAGGCACCAAAACUGAUUGGAUGAUGCACGAGUUUCGCCUUCCAUCUAACACUGACACCAACACAAACCUUCCCAACUCCAGGAAUUAUGUAGAUGUUCCCCAAGAAGCUGAAAUUUGGACAUUGUGUAGAAUUUUCAAGAGAAAUGUGUCACAGAAGAAGCACAUGCCAGACUUUAAACACGUAUCAGCUAAGCGCCAUGCCUUUCAUGAAAAGAGCUCCAGAAUGAGCAAUGUGGAGUUUGACAGUGCUAAUCAAGAAUCAUACAUAAACUUCGGUGGCCACUAUCACAUUGAGCAGAAACCCGCCAUCAACUACACAAACACUGACCAAAGGAAUCAGUUUCAUGUGAUGAGUCAGUUGUGUUCUCCAGUGGCACAACAGCAACCUCAACUAACUGCACCAUCUUCUAACCUUUGGACUAACCCACCUGGGAACGAUUUCUUCACAUUCGAUAACUGGGAUGAACUUGGAUCCGUAGUGAAGUUUGCUGUUGAUUCGCCUAGCAUGUAG